AUGACUAAGGUUCAGGGCCGGGUGAUGGAGACACCAAUGGCUGUUGAGGAUCUACAGAGAGGGAGGGAAGUUGAGUCUAGAGAGAACUUGCACUCUGAAGAGGACUAUAUGGAGGAGGCACAUUCUGCGGAGAGCAGCCUAAUGGCAGCACUAACCCACCAUGAGAGAAGCUUGUACGGUAACGGAUUUGCGGUUCAAGCACACAUCACUGAGGUAGUACACCCCGUGGAGAGGUGUGUGGAAUAUACCUUUGUCCAGGUGCAGGGGAACAUGGACAGUGUGGGGUUGCUCUUUGAGGAGUGCAUCAAGAAGGUGGGCCAUCUAGAAAGUCAAAGGGAUGAAUUGGUACUGGAGCUGUUGCAGCUAGAGCAGCCCAUGCUGCAAGCUACUGUGGCCUUGAGAGGACAGUUGUUAGAGGCACGUAGAGUUCACACCAGUGUCCAGUUGGAGUUUAUUCAUCUGCAAAUAGAGGUGGGACAGGUGAAGAGUAAGCUGUUUGUCACAGCCAGGGACUGUAUCCAGAGCCAGCUAGCGCUGGCUGCACAGCAGUAUGAGGUGGCCCAGGCUGCAGUCACACAGGAGGAGCUCCAGGCCCAUGUCCAGAAUCUUACCGAGGAGGUAGUCCAGCUUCAGGAAGCCCAGCACAACCAGCUGAACACCCUAAAGGACCAGGCCAGACAACCAUCCCGCCCCCGGGCAAUGAGCGAUGUCACCCACUGCCGACGAGCAUCCCUGGACCUGCAGCAGCGCCUCAGUGGCAGCAUGAGGAAUCUAGAAGGCUGGUACGAGCCACGCCUGCUAGCCCUCCUCCGGAGGAGGCAGGCUGGGGAGGAAACCUUGAGGAGGAGCAGGGAUGUGGGCCAGGACCUUAAGGCCAGACUGGGGCCCCUGAAGGAGCAGACCCAGAGGCUGGAGCUGCAGAGAGCUUGUCUAGAGGAGAGGAUUGCUCUGAUAGAGAGGGAGAGGGUGGAGAGAGUGGCGCAGUAUAAGGUACAGGGGGACUAGGAACAUGUGCUGUUUUGUAGCCCGUAAAGGUGUGGUGUAAUUGCUCUAAUUUCUUCUCAUCAGGAGACUGUGGACUCGCUUGAGGAGACCAUGAGGAAGCUGAAGCUGGAGCUUUGCAUUCAGAAAAAGGCAAACAGACAAUUGGAAGAAUUGAAGAAGGGACUUUUGAGUGAGCUGAACUAUGACAGGUAGGGUGUGGUAUGCUACUUACAGUGCAUUCGGAAAGUAUUCAGACCCCAUACCCUUUUCCACAUUUUGUUACAUUACAGCCUUAUUCUAAAAUUGAUAAGGUCCCACAGUUGACAGUGCAUAUCAGAGCAAAAACCAAGCCAUGAGGUCGAAGGAGUUAUCUGUAGAGCUCCAAGACAGGAUUGUGUCAAGGCACAGAUCUGAGGAAGGAUACCAAAACAUUUCUGCAGCAUUGAAGGUCCCCAAGAACACAGUGG